CAAUGAUCCACAGCCUCUCCUCUCUAGCCGUCGCAGUGGGCGGGGUGAAAGAAUGCGGUAUUUUGUGAAUGAAAUUACGCCAGUUGAAUCUGUCUCGAGGCGCUUCGUGAUUGGUUGUGCAGGGGGAACUCAGCCCCCUUCGUCGUAACUGACGUCAGAAGGGACUGAAUGAAGGUAGAGAAACCCAUCAGACACGGGUGUUACACAGAAGAGCUCACGAAGACUACGGAGAAGACAAAGACGAGAAGAACACAAAAAGAGCACUCUUGCGCUUUUGCACUGCACAGAUACCCACACUGGAUUUGCACGAAGCGCUGCAAGUCUCUGACUUCUACACAGUGAUUUAGGUCGAGAUUGGAUUUCAACUCUCAUCUUGUGGACACUUUGCUUGCAUGGUAGUCAACUGAAGGGAGCAACUUCAGUCUUUGAACAAACUCGACCACCUCAACAUGGCUCUUAAUGACUCUGACGUGGGAUUGGAGGUUGUCUUUGAGAUCGACCCCCUCCUGCAGCUCUCUGAUGUCCGCCUUACACCUGACCCCAUGGUGUCAGCAGUAUUGAGUCCAUGGGAUGUGGCCCUGUGUGUGUCAGGUGCCCUGAUUUGCUGUGAGAAUGCAAUCAUCAUAGCGACCAUCCUCUCUUCAGCGUCCUUGCGGGCACCUAUGUUCCUGUUAAUUGGUAGCUUAGCUUGGGCAGACUUUCUGGCAGGUGUGGGACUGCUGCUGUACUUUAUGUCUCAUUGGUGUGUGUACUCAAAAGGACUGGAGCUGGCUAGUGUGGGUCUACUAGUAAGCGCUCUCAGUGCAUCUGUUUUCUCCUUGCUGGGCAUUACCCUAGACAGAUUCCUGUCUCUCCACCGAGCCCUGACAUAUGGUUCACGUCGCACACACACACACACUCGCUGUGCCCUCGCCUUGGGGUGGGCUCUGGCAGGCCUGCAGGGGGCUCUUCCUGCUUUAGGCUGGAACUGUCUGGACAAUGGACAGUCAUGCAGCGUAGUGUGGCCGCUGACCCGAGUGCAUUUGGCUACACUGUGUGGGGGCUUUCUCCUAGCCCUGGCUCUGAUGCUGCAGCUCAAUGCCUGGAUCUGCCAAGUUGUCUUGCGACACUCUCAUCAAAUUGCCCUACAGAGACACACACUGCCCUCUGCACGCACACAUACACGCCGACGUGUGCACACCCUCGCCCUCAUCCUUGCCAUCUUCGCCAGCUGUUGGAUCCCCUUUGCCCUCUACGGUCUUCUUGGGGAUGGAUCAUCACCUGGCCUAUACACAUAUGCCACUCUGGUGCCAGUCACAGGAAACUCUCUGCUCAAUCCCUUGAUUUAUGCCUACAGAAACACACACAUACAGCGAGCACUGAAGCAGGCUUGCUGCUGCUGCCUACCAAACACAUUUCACAAAAACACACACACGCCAAGUGACGUGUAGCAGACGUCAGAAGCUUAUCUGAAAUAUGCCAUUUGGUGCCAUGAUAGAUCAUGCUUUAAUUAACGUACCAAACACAUUUGCACAUGCACUGCCAGGCAAAAGUUUGGACACACCAGAUUGAAAAUAUGUAUAUUUUUCAUUGUCUAAAAGAUUUAAAAAAAAAAAAAAAAAAAUAUGACCUGAGAUUUAUGCCUAAGACGAAUGUUGAGGAAAAUGGGAAAUUAUUUCUUCUCGUGUCUAACACUCCCUUAUAAAGUUGGUUCAUAUGGUUAAGAUGCCAUGAGCUUGCAAAGCUUAAUCAGGAACACUGAUUUAAACUAGUUUUGAUUUAUAUUUGAUUUAUACAAAUUUCUGGGUCAUAUUUAUUAUUAUGAAGGAAGUAAGAAAGAAAACCCUUCUAAGUACAGCUGUGUCCCUUCAUUUGACUGGUUGUGUUCUCCCCAAUGCCUCCUUAGGAAACUGUGCAAGUAGCCAAGACCUCAGCCUAACGUGUGACAUAUGUGUCACAUGAAUCUGAUGUUUCACUCACAUAUUCCUCUGCAACAUAUGUGUACUGUCAUGUUUUCUUCUUCUGUUUUUGUCUCUUUCUCUUACAAAACACCUGAUAAAACUGUGUUCAUCUUUCAUUUUCUACACACCAAGAAGAGAAAUGACCAACACAGCAGUAGAUUUUCUACUAUAAAAAAAAUUAAAGUAUGAGGUUUUUUCUUUUUAAGUGCUUUCAUAAGAGUUGUAUUGCAUCAAUUGUGUUCAAUUUGUGCCUGAUAUUUUCACAGACUCUGACAUUCAGAGAUACUACUGGAAUUAAAAAGUUAUUCGCACUUUACAAUGACUUGACAAUUUGUACAAUUUUACUUUGAAUGUUAUUGUUCAAAAUUCUUUAUUUAUUUAUGUAUUUAUUGACUGAAGUACUUGACAUUUGUUAAAUUGAUGGAUGAAUGCUUUUAUAUUUAAAGUAUGUGCUGUUUGCACAAGGUGCACAAAUGUCUACGUGGAUGAGUUUUUUUUUAAAAAAUGAAAUGUUUUGAGAUCAAUCAUGUGUUGUUUGUAU